UGAGAUCCCAUCAAAUGGUAUAAGCUGCUAGUUAACUUACGAAUCAUGGUGAUCUUAAACGGUGUGCGGACAAGCAGACCGACACUGCCGGACACGGGUUAGCUGCUACAUACUUCUAAAGUCUUGUAAUUGGGUUUUGAUAAUGAGUCAAAACCCAAUAGGCCAUAUUACUCACUAAGGAAUCAGGCAAAAAUCAAAUAAAGGAAAAACGCCGUCGUUCUGGGCAUAUGUCUCCGAGCUAGGUUGUUUCGAGGAGCAAAUCACCGCCGACUAGUAAAUCCGGAGAAUCACUCACCGGUAAGAUGGAGGCAGGUGAAGCGAAAAGCAAGAAAGCAGGAGGGCCUCGUCUCUGCUGCAUCUGUAACCAGAGACGACCCGUCCUCAAGCGACCUAAAACCCUUCAACAGAUAUGCAGAGAGUGCUUUUAUGAGGUUUUCGAGGAGGAGAUUCACCAAGUCAUUGUCGUGAACCGGUUAUUCAAGUCCGGUGAGCGUGUUGCUAUUGGUGCCUCUGGUGGAAAAGAUUCGACGGUGCUGGCAUAUGUAUUAUCAGAGCUAAACAGACGUCAUAGUUACGGGCUAGACCUUUUUCUUUUGUCCAUUGAUGAAGGGAUAACUGGUUAUCGUGAUGAUUCUCUUGAGACCGUUAAAAGGAACGAACUCCAAUAUGGAUUGCCUCUUCAGAUUCUUUCUUACAAAGAUCUGUAUGGAUGGACAAUGGACGAGAUUGUGAAGAUGAUUGGUCUGAAGAACAAUUGCACCUUUUGUGGUGUAUUCCGUCGACAGGCACUUGAUCGAGGAGCUGCAUUAUUGAAAGUGGAUAAGCUUGUCACUGGACAUAACGCAGAUGAUAUAGCGGAAACAGUUCUCUUAAACAUUCUGCGAGGGGAUAUUGCUAGAUUGAGUCGGUGCACAUCAAUCACUACAGGAGAAGAUGGUCCGAUUCCAAGAUGUAAACCUUUCAAAUAUACAUAUGAGAAGGAGAUUGUCAUGUAUGCUUAUUUCAAGAAGCUGGAUUACUUCUCCACCGAAUGCAUAUACUCUCCUAAUGCUUAUCGUGGGUUCGCACGUGAGUUCAUCAAAGACUUGGAGAGACUAAGGCCAAGGGCUAUUCUGGAUAUCAUCAAAUCCGGUGAAGACUUCAGAAUUGCGACAACCACAAAAAUGCCUGAGCAAGGGACAUGUGAGCGAUGCGGGUAUAUUUCUAGCCAGAAAUGGUGCAAAGCUUGUGUUUUGUUGGAAGGAUUGAACCGUGGUUUGCCUAAGAUGGGCAUUGGAAGAGCUCGAGGAGGCAUAAAUGGUGAUCAUACGAGGGAAACAAAGGCUGGAUCUAAAUCUAUUGAGACCAAACAAUGUGGAUCUCUGGAUUUCUAGAUUAAGAAGACGAAUAUGCUGUAACAACGCAGAAAACUGUUUCUGUAUAGAAACUGUUCAAAACCCAUUGUUGUACACCGUAUUCUCUUGGAGGAUUUGGUUUGCCUUGUAAUAAAUACUUUGCUAA